AUGACCUCGCCCAUAGCAAAUGGCCACGGGCCUUGGUGUUCUGAGGGUCAAGUUAAACAAGAUAUCAUCAAAACGACUCCAGUUAUUUUGAAUCAGUGUUUGGACAUCACUUCUGCUACCAUAGCUUCUUCAAACAUCGGCCAUGUUGAAUCAUCUUCUGAACCAAGCAGCCAAAGCUCCGAGGACGAAGCACCGGACCCCAGUUGGUUCAAAGCUGCAACCAUUCUUCUGUCACUCAAGACGUCCUCUGAGGCGAGGCUAAAAGGGUCUCAAAAUAGAACGAUUGAUUCUAGUCCUUCUUGUUCCUCGCCUCGCAAUCACGUAAAAAAUGGAGCAAAUGACAAGCAAAGCAAUGGAUAUCACCUUGGCAACGGUUGUGACGAGGAACAAGACGAGAUGAGCAGAAAAGGGACACACACUAGCAAUGAUAAUGGUUUUGUAUCAAACGAAGACAGUUUUGAAGAGGACAACGAUGACGAUAUAGACAAGGAUCUGAGCACCACUUGCUCUCUUUGUCAUAAGGUCUACUCUCGACCCUCGACACUUAAAGCGCACAUGCGCAUACACACGGGAGAAAAGCCAUUUCAAUGUUCCAUUUGUGACAAGUCCUUUUCUCAAGAUGCCAACCUGAAGGCUCACUUGCGCGUACAUUCCAAGGAAAAGCCAUUUAGAUGUCAAAUAUGUCAGCGCAGGUUCGCGCAGUCGUCUUCUGUCACCACGCACAUGCGCAUUCACAGCGGUGAGCGACCGUACAAAUGCAAAGUCUGUUCCCGAGGGUUCGCCGACAGCUCCACGCUGACUAAACAUCUACGAAUCCAUACCGGGGAAAAACCGUACCAGUGCAAAGUCUGUCAAAUGAGGUUCUCGCAAUCUGGAAAUCUUAGCAGGCACAUGCGAUGUGUUAUUUUUUAUUGCGCAUACUUUCGUCGAGCAUGCGCAGUACGAAUAAGCCGAGGGUGGAAUGCAUUUGUCAGGCUAUAUGCAGAGCUGACGAUAAGCAUGGAAAAUCAGUGGCUUGAAGAGUCAAAAACCAAGACAAGCCAUGAACCACCAGAGACUAGGUUCCAAACAGCAGGAAUUCUCCUCUCCUUAAGACACUCAUCACUUCCAACACAUUCGCUUCCAGAGGGAUGCAUGCGGAACGUUCAGGGAUUUCCGUACCUUGCCGACACCCUGAAUCAAUUCCAGUCGGAGAAAAGCCAUAAGACUCCUCUCGACCUCCUGUCCUACACAGGUGGUAUAUUCAACAAUGUCCUACAAGUCAACAGUCCAGAUAGAGUGGCCACAGCUAUCGGUUUUACUGGUUUUAACUGUUUCAUUCCUCAAUUCGCUGACCUGCCUAACGGUUACUACCUGCCAAGUCCUCUUCCCAAUGGUGGUAUUCUUAAAACCGAUCACCUGCAGACUUUGACCCCGGACGAUCAGUUAAAUGUCUCGGUCAGCGGUAAUUCUUACAAUGUCACGAGCAGUUUCCCAUUGCGCAACCCAGACGGAYGAUAUUUUGGGAAUAGUUUAUCUGGAGAUACGCGUGAAAAUUCCUCCUCGUCUACUGAUCGACAAAUAGACGUCAAGUGCGAAGAACAGUUACUAAGCAACCAGAAUAGAAAUGACGUCACCAACUCAACCAUCUCAGAAAAGGAAGCGAUGAGGAGAAACGAAUGCCAUGUUUGUGGUAAAGUCUACGCUCGCCCGUCGACCCUCAAGACUCAUCUGAGGACCCACACGGGUGAAAAGCCGUUCAAGUGUUCCAUCUGCUUCAAGUCGUUUGCGCAAGAUGCCAAUCUCACAGCACAUUUGCGGAUACAUUCCGGAGAAAAGCCAUUUCAGUGCACUAUUUGCGAUCGCAGGUUCGCGCAGUCGUCUUCUGUCACCACGCACAUGCGCAUUCACAGCGGUGAGCGACCGUACAAAUGCAAAGUCUGUUCCCGAGGGUUCGUCGACAGCUCCACGCUGACUAAACAUCUACGAAUCCAUACCGGGGAAAAACCGUACCAGUGCAAAGUCUGUCAAAUGAGGUUCUCGCAGUCUGGAAAUCUUAGCAGGCACAUGCGAGUACACAAAAAACAUUAG